CCAUGCCAGCCACCAGGAAGCCGGUACGGUACGCACACAGCGAGGGGCACACUGAUAUCUGCUACGGGCAGGAGGGGAGGUACCUGAUCACCUGUGGUACUGAUGGAGAUGUGAGAGUCUGGGAAGGACUGGAGGAUGAUGAUCCCAAAACCAUCUCUGUGGGAGACAAGAUACAUGCUGUAGCAGCAAAGAACAACCGUCUGCUGACGGGGACGGACUCCAACACGGUCCAGGCGCACAUGCUCUCCGACGGCGCACCUGACGGCAUCCUGGCCCGCUUUACUGCACCUGUGUCUCACCUGGUGUACAGCGAAUCCGGCAAGCUGCUGGCUGCAGGUGCCAGUGACUUUAACAUCCGAGUGCUGGAGGUAGAAGAUGAGGAGAGCACCACACAGUACCUGCUGCACGGACACCAGGCGCCAGUACUCAGUGUGGCUGUGGACCCGCAAGACAAGUAUCUGGCUUCCUCCAGUUGUGACGGUACAGUAGCUAUAUGGAACAUCACAGAGAAGAACCAGGUGAAAAGCUGGAACCUCCUCCCCAAGUGUAGCGAUGUCAGCGUGGCCAAGACUCUGUGCAGGUUGUCAUGGCAACCCAAAACUGGCAAGUACCUUGCCGUACCUGUGGAGAAGGAGGUCCAGGUGUUUGCUAAGGACACGUGGGAGAAGGUCUUCACUCUUACAGAUGACUCAAUAGAGCAGCCGAUUUCCCUGGUAGCCUGGUCUCCCAACGGUGUUCUGCUGGCCGGAGCUUGUGUAGAUGGCACUAUACUGGUAUGGGACGUGGCCAGCAAGAACUGUGUGGAGAGGGUGAAGCAUGACAAGAGUCUGACCAUCUGUGGGCUGGUGUGGAACCCUGUAAACGGCACAGAGAUCGCCUACACAGACGUGCAGGGCCAGUUGGGGUUGGUGGAAAACGUAGCCCCAGAGUCCUCAAACAGACAGCAGAAGUCGGAGGCAGCGGACGACCCCAUGGCAGCCAUGUUUGAUGGAGACGAUGAUGAUGAUUUCCUUCUGUCGGCUGGUGACCAUGACGAUGGUUCCCAUAGCAACGCCCCUGGAGAUGUGGAUGAUGAUGACUCUAUGCCGGUACCCACGCAGAGGAAGCGUAUCAAGGCUAACAUAUUUGAUGAUGAUGAUGCUUCUAUGGGAGCUGACAGUUUGUCCAUGAAGCCAGCAUCCGACCUGCUGGACGAUGUGGACAGCAUCUCAGGACUCCCGACCCGCGCAGCGCCCCAGCCGGUGUACCAGGGUCCCAAACCCACGCCACUGCAGCCGGCCUUCCAGCCUGGGUCUACUCCUGUCAGUCUGGCACACAGGUUCAUGGUGUGGAACACGGUAGGAGUUGUGAAAUGCUACAACAGUGAGGAGGAGAAUUCCAUCGAUAUCGAGUUUCACGACACGUCCGUGCACCACUCCAUGCAUGUCACCAACCACCUGAACCACACGCUCGCCGCCCUGUCUGACCAGGCUGCACUGCUGGCCUGCGAGAGUACCGACGAUUCACCAAGUAAGCUGGUUUGUCUGCACUUCUCCUCUUGGGACAACUCUAAGGAGUGGAGCACGGCCAUGACGGACGGGGAGGACAUACAGGUGCUUGCUAUUGGUCAGGGCUGGGUUGCCGUGGCAACAGACAAGAGGCUGGUGCGUGUUUGGACGGUUGCCGGGAUACAGAAGGACGUGAUCAGCGUCCCCGGGCCGGUGGUUUCCAUGGCAGCGUACGGAACACAGCUGUUUGUCGUGUACCACAUGGGCACAGGUAUCCCAGGAGACCAGUUGCUAGGCGCCCAGCUGCUGGAGGUGAGCGGCAGGAGGAGGAGGAAAGUGUUGGAGGGACAGCUCCCCAUCAGUACCAAAUCCACACUAACAUGGAUAGGGUUCAGUGCAGAAGGCACACCGGUGACCUAUGACUCCUGUGGAGUGGUGCGGAUGAUGAACCGAGGCCUGGGCCACAGCUGGACUCCUGUCGCCAACACCAGAACUCACUGCAAGGGUAAAUCUGACAACUACUGGCUGGUUGGAGUCAACGAGAACCCACAACAGCUCAGGUGUAUCCCAUGUAAAGGCUCGACGUUCCCCCCUGUGCUGCCCCGCCCGGCCGUCACAGUGCUGCCCUUCCAGCUGCCGCUGUGUGAGCUGAACACGGACAAGAGUCAACUGGAGGAGAGCUUUGUGAGAAGCCGGUUGUUCAGCGGACACUUCCAGUUCCUGACAGCGCAGGGGUGGGAGGUCGACGACCUCGCGCGUGCGGACGUGCAGCGGGAACAGGACGACACGCUCAUGAAGCUCUUCGCGCUGGCCUGCAAGGCUGACCGGGAGUGUCGUGCCGCAGAGCUGUGCGAGCUGAUGGACGUGAACCGGCUCAACUUCGCCAUCAAGUACGCCAGCCGGGUGAAGCGCAUCGCGCUGGCCGAGUUCCUGAACGACCUGGCCAGGAGGAAGGUGGAGGAGGAGGCUGGGGAACAGCAGGAGCAGGAGGAGGAGGAGGAGGAGGACUUCAGGGGAUACCUGGACUCUCAGAAAAACCACAUUGAGACGGAGUGGUCCCAGCCGAGCACACCGUCAGUACUGAGGAGCUCCGGCACCUCCCAACGGUCGUCACGGCAACAGCAGGUCCAGGAGGAGGAGGAAGAUGAGGAGAUGGAGAUGGAGGAUAGGGAAGAGGAGGAGGAGGAGACAGACUCUGCUGAUGUCAAAAGGAGAUCAGGUCCCAUUCUCACUAAAAACACGAAAUCGUCCUACCCAAAAACAGCACUCUCACUCACUCAGGAGAGGAAAAACCCGUUCAAGGUGUCCUCCCAGCCCAAGACGCCCACGGAGGCUCCCCGCGGCAGCAGUGUGUUCGACAAGAUGAAGAAGACGAGUCCCGGCAGCAGGGCCAAAAGCAAAACAGCACUGAGUCCAAGAGGUGACCUGAAGACUGCCAGCAAGACGUCCGCCACGUCAAAGAAACAAUCUACCCAGAGCACCUUACUCAUGGCUGCCAAGAAACCCAGGAAGCAGGAGCCUGAGAACCAACCCAAGACGUCUUCAGAGGACCAGGAGGAAAACAAGAAGGUAGUGAAGGGGUUUGACCUGUGGUUCGAGCAGGAGCGGGCCACCCUGCAGGAGGAGAACUCGGAGGAGAGCGAUGCGGGUCUGUUCCAGCUGGCCAUCCGAGGGUGGAGAAAACUGGACAAGCAGGAACAGAAGGACUGGAACGAGAAGGCCAAACAGAUGUCUGAGACGACAUCUCAAGACGCCGACCUCAAGAAAAGGAAGCGUGAGUCUGAAAGUGAAGAAACCUCCCAAGGAGACGACGAGAGUCUUAAGGGAGACAAAACACUUGAAGACUCCAGCAGCCAGGCUAAGAAGAAGAAGCCGCUCUCUACCUCUGUCAACAGCAAACUGUCGGCGUUUGCUUUCAACAAGGACUAACGUUUACGCUGUGUGUGAGGGAUGUUUGUGGUGUAGUGGGUACGAUGGACGGAGUGCAGACUUGGUCGUGGAUGGAG